GUCCCCGGGCCACGUCGCGCUCUCCUCGCCAUCUUUCAACUGGGAGUGGGGCAAACCACCGCGGAGUCGCCUGCCCUUCUCUCACUGUAGAGGAGCCGCUCAGUGCUGCUGAAGUGCGGGUCCGGCCUAACUGAUAUUGAGCUAAAGUAGCACUUCCCCCGCCUGUCUCUGUGAGCGCGGACACAAACAUGAACAUCUUCAGACUCACCGGCGAUCUCUCGCACUUAGCGGCGAUCAUCAUCCUGCUGCUCAAGAUAUGGAAGAGCAGGUCGUGUGCCGGUAUAUCUGGCAAGAGUCAGAUUCUGUUUGCUCUGGUUUUCACGACUCGCUACUUGGACCUCCUCACCUCGUUUAUCUCUCUGUACAACACCACUAUGAAGGUUAUUUACAUUGGAUGUGCAUACGCCACUGUCUAUCUGAUCUACGCCAAGUUCAAAGCCACCUAUGAUGGCAACCAUGACACUUUCAGGGUGGAGUUCUUGGUCGUUCCUGUGGGUGGCCUUGCUUUCCUCGUCAACCAUGACUUCUCUCCUCUGGAGAUCUUGUGGACCUUCUCCAUCUACUUGGAGUCGGUGGCCAUUCUGCCUCAGCUUUUCAUGAUCAGCAAGACUGGGGAGGCUGAGACCAUCACCACGCACUAUCUGUUCUUCCUGGGGCUCUACCGUGCCCUGUAUCUUAUCAACUGGAUCUGGCGCUUCUACUUUGAAGGGUUCUUUGAUAUGAUUGCCAUUGUGGCAGGCGUUGUCCAGACAAUCCUAUAUUGUGAUUUCUUUUAUCUCUAUGUAACAAAAGUGCUGAAAGGAAAGAAGCUGAGUUUGCCCGCUUAAGUGCCAGCUUGAAGCCAGAGCUUUGGCAGCCGUUCGUGGGAGCACGGGACACCGCUGACACCGCUGAAGUUUGAGUAAGUUGGAGAUGCCUGAGACGGAGUGCAAAAGGGAUCCACUGCUGUUUCUCCUAAACCUUGACCACGUCAACAGCUCUGGGACGUUUUCUUCGAUUCAAACAACGGCAAAUUCACACAGCUCCCCCACUGGAUACCUGUUUUAUUAAUUUUGCCUUACUAUUUUUAUUAUGACGUACCAAGGAAGAAUAAUGUUUUGUACAUGAACUGUGUAUUUCCUUCAGUUGUUCUCAUGGCAUCAUAAAAAGAGCUGAAAUUGCCUAAAAUUUGGCGGUGUGAGUAACGGUCAAUGGGACUUAUUCUUAUGCCGAAUAUUGAUUAUAUUUGUAAGAGUAUUUGCAAUCUGAAUACAUUGUUUGUACAUUGUUUUCUGAAUCUCUCCAGGGGUGUUAGUAGGCUGAAUUGUUUGAAAAACGGUUGUUCUUAUUUGUCACCCUGUACAUUCCUUUAUAAAGGAAGGCUAAUCUUAAUACAUUGGUUUGCCCCAUGCUCUGGUCAGCCCUUUUUUGUUGUUUGAGUGAAAUGGCACCUUUUCAGUGUUUCCGAAGUUUUUGGGAAGAAACAUUUCAAAUUGAUCAAGCGUGUAGCAACGUGGAAGCUGAUAUUUGGUCAUUUUUAUUUUCUUUAGCUGUUUUUCUUUGCUUUUCUUUUAUUUCAAUGCUGGUGUUCCCAUCUGAGUCAGAGAUGCAUCAGUUUGCAUUUAUGAUCCACUACUUUUUUUUUUUCCAUGCGUUUUCUUUUAUUUUACUUAUCCAAAUUUGCUUUAUUUUGUGCUUUAAAUAUUACUUCCCCUCUAUUUGACACGCUGUACAUAUAUUAUAUGUAUAGUGUCAUAUGAGCCAAUGUGCUUUUUAAAAUUCUACAUGGUGGUUAUGAAAUUCUUCACAAAUGACAAUUUGUUGCGGUAGCUUCUAACUUAAUAACAGAGGGACUGACUUUUACAACAUUUAUCUCCUGUGUAUUGAAGAUUUUUUUUGUCUUUUUACCAGCAGCAUUGCCCACUAAGUUGUGAAGCAUGAUUUGUAUAUUGAGCUUUUCUUUAAUGCUAGAUUUUUAUUUCUGAUCACUGAGGGCUGGGCAUUGUUGCAAAUUGGUAUUGAGCAGUUAAUUUUAAUUUUCUGGAUUAAAUAUUUUCCCUCUCCCUUUUCUCUUGCUUUCUCUCUCCCUUUUUUUUCUUUUUUUAAGUUUUCCUUUUGAUAAGCAUUUUUUGCAUGAUGUCCACCUCAAAUAUUAAAAGUUUAUGGGAAACACUA